UGUUGUGGUAAACAAAAUCGGAGAUGCGUGUGCAUGCGUAGACGUGGUAAUGGAGGAUAGUGAUCUAUUCACAGGGGGUUUACACAGCAAGCUCUCCUCUUUCUCCAAUGCCGCUAACUGCUCUUUCUAUUAAUUACGAGGUAUUUACAACGCAAAGGAAUACAGUCUUAGUCAACAGAGAGGCGGUGGAGCUGCCAUUGACAGCCACCAUGGCGUCGGGUGUGAUUUCCCAAAACAAUGGUUCCAAGGGGAUCAUGACUUUUUACCCCACCCCGGAGGAAUUCAAGAACUUCAGCCGCUACAUUGCCUAUGUGGAGUCCCAAGGAGCACACAAAGCAGGCCUGGCAAAAAUUGUUCCACCAAAAGAAUGGAAGCCCAGAAGCUCUUAUGACGAUAUAGACGAUUUGGUGAUCCCCGCACCCAUCCAGCAGGUUGUGACGGGCCAGUCGGGCCUUUUCACACAAUACAACAUUCAGAAGAAGUCCAUGACUGUGAGAGAGUUUCGCAAGAUGGCCAACAGUGACAAGUUCUGUAGUCCACAUUAUGAUGACUUUGAAGAGCUGGAAAGAAAGUAUUGGAAGAAUGUGACAUUUAACCCUCCCAUAUACGGGGCCGAUGUGAAUGGAUCUCUAUAUGGCCCCGACGUCAAAGAAUGGAACAUUUGCCACCUGGACACUAUUUUGGAUACAGUGGAACGUGAAAGCGGAAUCACUAUUGAGGGUGUUAAUACACCCUACUUGUAUUUUGGCAUGUGGAAGACCACCUUUGCAUGGCACACUGAGGACAUGGACCUCUACAGUAUCAACUACUUGCAUUUUGGAGAGCCCAAAUCAUGGUACUGUGUUCCUCCAGAGCAUGGGAAACGAUUGGAGCGCUUGGCUAAAGGGUUCUUUCCUGGUAGUUCUCAAAAUUGUGAGGCCUUUUUAAGGCACAAGAUGACACUCCUCUCUCCAUCAAUACUUAAGAAGUAUGGCAUUCCGUUUGAAAAGAUUACUCAGGAGGCCGGUGAGUUCAUGGUGACUUUCCCCUAUGCCUAUCAUGCUGGUUUCAACCACGGUUUCAACUGUGCAGAAUCCACCAACUUUGCCACUGAGAGGUGGAUCGAGUACGGGAAGCAAGCUGUUUUGUGCUCAUGCCGUAGAGACAUGGUGAAAAUUUCUAUGGAUGUAUUUGUAAAGAAGUUCCAGCCAGAUCGCUAUGAGCAGUGGCUGGCGGGGCGAGAUGUGUCACCUAUUGACCACACGCGGCCCACCCCAGAAGCAAAGGAGUUCUUGGGAGAGUCCUUUACCGCCGCGGCGAGUUGUGGGGAUGAUGGCGAGCGUAAGAGCACACAGAGGAUAGAGACAAAGAGACACAGAGUCUGUCUGGAGGUGCCCGACGAGGUUGUUCCCAAAGAUGAAGAUGAGGACGGUGCACAGCAGUAUGGGAAGCGUCCCAGGCUAAUCCUCAUACCUCCACGUACUACGGCACAAGAUGGCAAGAGAAAUAAAGGGCCACCAAAGUUGGUUGUCACGCCAAACAAGCUCACCCUAUUGGAUCCAUUUCACAGAAGCCUAACCCAAAGUAACUGUGAUGUAGGCCGCCCUCCACAUUAUACCAAGACGCGCGCACCUGCCAUCUCAGCGCAGUCCCAGCCCAGAAACCGAUAUUUAUCCGUUUCAGCAACACCUUCCUGGACCGAAGCCACUGCUCAGCCUGCCCGUAAAAUGGGGGUGGCCAGCCUGCUCUUCCACAAAACUUUGAGUUCAAAAGAUGCUCUUCAGGUGCACAGCUACACUAUGGAGAAGCAGCAGCAGCAGCAGCAUUCUCACACACAGCUGCAGGUGCACAGCUAUGCUCAAGAGCAUCAACCCCGUCACCUGCAGCACAAAAGCUGUACCUCAUCACACGCACAGGUUCAGCCCUCGCCACAGACAGAAUCCAAGACUAGGCUCACCAUCGGAGCACCAAAUCAGUCGGAGACAGAGGUUUUCGUAGAGCUGGGACAAAAGGAGGAGAAACCGGAAAUAACAAUGCCCGCAGAGGCUCAAGCUGAAGUAAGGAAGCCAGAAUCUGAGCCAACGAGGUACUCUGCUGCCGCGUGGACAGAAAAGCAUCUCGAGACAAGCAGAACAACGAUUGACACGUCCACCAAGAGACAGAGUAACCAGUCCCCCCUCGUGGAUCGUGGCAUUGUCGUCCUGAAUGAGACCAUUCCUAUCGAGAAACCAAUCUGUGACGAGGUGGAGGUAAUCCCUCACAAUCACCAGGUGUCAGAAGAGCAAUCCUACUGCAUGUCAGUGGUGGAGAAGCAGCAACAGCAGCCCCAGCUGUGCAAGCUGCCUCGCCACCACCCUCUAAUCAGGGAGGUGCACAGCGACAAUGAAGAGUUCAUGGAUGAGGAGUUUGAGCAAGAGGAGAAAGAGGAGUGGGCAAAGCCAUUAACACAGCUGUGGCAGUGUCGCCCGUAUAACCCUGAGGUAGAGCGAGAGUACAACAAGAGCCUGGCCCAGCAGGAACCCUACUGCUCCAUCUGCCUGCUCUUCUACACCUACCAUCAGUCUGAAUCCAGUAGUGGGAGUUCCAGCGUGACGUUGGUGAACCGUCCAGGCGGACGCCAGUGGUCCAAGCCACUCAUCCCUGAAAUGUGUUUCAACACCCAAUCCAGCAGGACGAAUGACAACGGCGAGGGGCAGCUGUCUAACCCUCAUGUAGCAGAGGACGGCACCAGCCGGCUGGUCAGCUGUGCUCAGUGCUGCGUCCGCGUGCAUACAAGUUGCUAUGGGGUACCUGGGGAUGAAAGUGAACUUGAUGACUGGCUGUGCAGCCGUUGUGAGGCUGAUGCCACCACAGAGGACUGCUGUCUGUGUUCCUUGAGGGGGGGAGCUCUGCAGAGAGCUAACAAUGACAAGUGGGUUCAUGUGUUGUGUGCCAUCACUGUGCUGGAAGCUCGCUUUGUGAAUGUUGCUGAGCGAGGCCCAGUGGACCUCUCUGCCAUCCCACUGCCUCGGUUCAAACUGAAGUGUGCAUACUGCAGGAAACGGAUGAAGCGGGAGGUGAAGGGCUGCUGUGUCCAGUGCUCCCACGGCCGCUGCUCAACGGCAUUUCACCCAACCUGCGCUCAGGCAGCAGGAAUAGUCAUGAACCCAGAUGACUGGCCCUUCACCGUCUUCAUCACCUGCCACAGACACAAAGUGCCCGGCAUACCAGAGCGCAACAAGGCGCCGAUGCGUGAGCUGGCAGUCGGGCAGAGGGUGAUCUGCAAAUACAAAAAUGGCCGGUACUACCACAGCGAGGUGGUGGAGCUGACCACCGCCACCUUCUACGAGGUUGUGUUCGACGAUGGCUCCUACAGCAACAACCUCUUCCCAGAGGACAUUGAGAACCGGGACUGCGCCCGGCUCGGUCCCCCCACUGAAGGCGAUGCAGUUCAAGUGCGAUGGACAGACGGGUUGAUAUAUGGAGCAAAGUUUUUGGCGUCGCACUCCAUCCCCAUGUAUCUGGUGGAGUUUGAGGAUGGAUCCCAAAUCACUGUCAAGCGAGAAGACAUCUACACUCUAGAGGAGAACCUUCCCAAGCGGGUCAAGUCCCGAAUGUCGGUGGCGUCAGACAUGCGCUUUGAGCUCUUCUCUCAGAGCAACGUCAAACAGAACUCCAAAAGGCAACGGGUCAUCAACUCUCGCUACAGGGAGGACUACAUCGAGCCGGUCAUUUACCGAGCCAUCAUGGAGUGACGUCCGUUUGUCUCUUCUGCUUUCCACCUCUGCUCCUCGGCCCUCGGCAGCCCACCGCAGAGAUGAAGCUCCAGAUCUUUGUUUCUUUGUCUGGCCUUUUUGUUUCUCGCUGCUGUUGCUGAUGAUAGGAAUCACCCCUCCUCUUCCUCCUCUUCCACUGCCUGUCAGGCUGCAUAUUUAUAAACUACGGCUGGGACUUUAAAUGACUUUUCUGUGCAUUAAAUCAUCUUUGAUUCGUGUUUCCCAUUGCACACUGUAGGUGAUGUUUUCUUACUCCAGUUUAUUUAGUUUUUCUUUUCUUUUUUUCUCAGGUAGAAGCCAUCAAUGGAUUAUUCAUUAGGGAAUCAAUUGGAUUAUCAUAUUGCUGACAAUAUUUUAUAUUUUGUAGCACCACAUUCAGCAGCUGUAAAGGAAAUCCUGAAAGGAUACAGGUUAAAUAAUAGGACAUUUAUCUCAUUUUAAGACAUUUCUUUCGUAAAUUGCGCAUGACUUACUGAUUUGUUUAAUUUCAUAAUAAUUUAUCAUAUUUUGUUGGAGUGAUGAAAAAGUAAUAUUUAAAGGAAGUGUCAAUUUUUUUGCUCAUGAAGUUAAACAAAGGCAGGACUGUAACCUGAGCCAAUCAGCUGUUGACUACAACAAUUAUUUGAUUAAUUCAGAACUGUUAAAUUGUUACCCCCAAAGAAAGGAAAUAAUAAUAUGUUCACCUUUUACUCAUGAAUGAUGCAAUGCCAUGGAUAGAGUGAUAUGUAUUGCUUCUGAUUGGUGUGUCAACUACUGUGAAGCUAGACGCAAACAUCUUUGGACGGCCCAAGCCUUACAUUUCAAAGGGCCAAACAUACUUUGUUUUUGUAAAGCCUAAGGAUUAUUAUUAAUGCUGUAAUAAUAAUUAUCACACUUUAUUUAUGCGAGUGCAUUAAGAAUGAGAACAAAGCUAUUUUUGUCAUAUCCUUUUCAGAAUCUGUAGAAAACCUAAGAUGUAUUUAUAUUUAUUAUAAUGAGUUUUCAAACGCCCUGUUAAAAGUUUUAAAACUAGCCUUUGUUUUAUUGCGAUUUAAGGAUCCCCGCCCCUCCCUUAACAAAAAGCACUUAUCCUCCUGUCUCAGGUGGUUUACAUUUUGUUUAAACAUUGCCUCCACUAGAUUAUU